AAUUCUUACCUCCACAUCAAUUUGCUGAACAGCAGAUCCUUUUUGCUCCAUAUCACCUUUUGUUAGCAUUAUCUUGUUUACCUUUGCUUGUUGCUUUACGACUUUUGUUUCUUGGACACUCACACCCAUACCACACUCACAAUGCGCACUCGCAACCAAGAAAAGGUGCCCUCAUCGUCGCAGAGCGCCGGUGCAGAGAGACGCACGAGCCGCAAGAGAAGAGCCAGCAGCUCCUCGGACGCGCCUAUCCCCCAAAGCUCUCAGACUACUAUAUCGUCGUCAUCACAAGUGAAGCGCAGAAAGAGACAAGACGCGUCGCACGACCACCCCGAAGAUCUGGACAUCCUCGAGGAGGAAGAGUCUAUCACCGUCAACACUCCCGCUCCCGCUGCUCGCCAUGUUCACUUCACCGAGUCCACCUCACAAGGCCAGAAGGCUACCUCGACACACCUAACUCCUCAUAUUCGCAAGACCGUCAGCGUCGAUAGGCGCCAGACCAUCUCGCCCUCCAAGUUUGAGCACCUCUCUACACCCCCAGCCAAGUCCCGCUUGUCUCUUCCUUCGACCUUUUCCCCUUCUCCCAACAGCCCCGUCUCAAAGCUGUUCCGUCCCCUGAGCCAGGUCCUGUCGGAGCGUGUUAAGAGCCGUCUUCGUCGUAGCCGUCUGAGCGAGGAGAUCAAAGAGCAAAGAGAUGGGUCUGAGCUCCACCAAGAGCUGGUACAACUGCGUCAAGACAUUUCAGAGAUUGAGGACACAAUCCGCACCCGCCUUCAUCAGCUCGAUGUUGAGAAGCAAUUGGGCUCGUCGGCAAGCGGUGAGAAGUUGGAGAGAAUCGAGGCCGAACUCGACCAGCUCAACGAGGACCUUGCCGAGAAGAAGGCUCAAGAAGCCACUCUUCCCGACCUGGAUGCCAUUGAGAACGUCGAUGUCAUUAACGAGGACAUGAUGGUCUUCGAUAGCAGCCAGAGCAUCUCCUACCCUCACCUUCCUUCGUCGGCUACAGAAGUCCGCACUGUUGAGAGAAUCUCCGACGCUGUCGACAUCACCGAUGCCCAAACCCAGGUCGCCCUGCCCGACUCUACUCAAGAGGAAGAGCGCCGCGCCUUCAAGGAAGCCAUUCAGUAUUGGACCGACGAAGCGUCCAACGCAAAGUCCACUCUCCAGAUUCUGACCAUUGAACUGCAAUCUCUUGGUUUCCCUGGCGAGAACUCUGAUGCUAUUCUCUCUUCCAUCCGUGAUUCAUUUGCACUGGUCCGCGAGCGUCUCGAAUCUGCCGUCCCUGGGAGCAUCCCUAGCAACAUCUCCGAUGCUGACCUCGUUGAGCUUGUCGUGCAACACCUCGAGUCUCUUGCCAGCAAGGUGACUGAGCAGGAAGUCUUCCUGGCCGACAAUGAUCAGUUGCGUCAGGAGCUCGUCAAUGAGAUCGACGGUCUUGUUGAGAGAUUGAGUCAAGCCGAGAUUCGCAAGCGCACCCUUGAGAUCGGUUUCAACGAGCUCGACGCACAAAGCCAAAAGGACGAGCAGUUGAUUGACUCGCUCAGCAAGGAGCUGAGAAAGAUCGAGAAGAACCAUGACAUGGCUCAGACUCUCAUCAGUGAGAAGAAGGUCAAGCUUGCCGAGCUCGACCGCGAGAACAAGGACCAGGAUGCAACCAUCAGAAAGCUUGGUGAAGCUCUCGAGGGAUACAGAACCAACGAAGUCAACCUUCACGCCCUGAUCACCCGCAUGGAGCAGGAGGCAAAUGUCAAGAUUUCAGACCUCACCAAGGCCAGCCAAGCCGUUGUUUCCGAGCUUGAGGAGCAGCUCCGUGUUGAGGGCACUAAACGCCACACCGCUGAAGCUGAUGCAGACAACAAGCAAAACGCAAUCACCACCCUCGAGCGCCGCGCCGAGGAGGACGAAGCCAACAUCGAUACUUUGAGGCAGCAGCUCGCCGCACUUCAAGCACAGCACAAUGCAGAGCAGGAGGCCAGAGAGAUUGCCGAUGAGCUGAACCACGAAAACGCUACUGUCAUCGCUGCACUCGAAGUCAAGAUCGAGCAAGCCGAGGUAGACCUGGAGCAACUGAGAUCGGACAUGGAUAACCUUCGCGGUCUCGAGGAAGCUGAGCGCCGCCAGCGUGAGGCAGCUGAGGCCGACUUGGAUGAUCGUAACAACCAGAUUGGUGAACUCGAACAAAAGCUGCUCGCGUCAGGCAAACAAGCCAAUGAGUUGAGGCAGAAACUGUUCGAGGUCCAGCAACGUGCCAAGGAAGUGCAAGGAAACCUCGAGGAUAUCGCAAAGGAACGCGAGGCUCAGCAUGCUGCGGACGUCAUCGCCUUGGAUCAGAAGGCCAAAUUGGCUCAAGAUGCUGCCAACUACAACAGCAUCAUGAUCAAAGAGCUCGAGACUGAGCUUGUUGCGGUCACCCAGCGUAUGAAGCAGCAGCUUGACGAUCGCGCCGCAAAGAUCAGAGAAUUUGCUGCCAAGCUUGAUGAGUUGACUGCUGAGCUGAAGCAAACGAAGAAGGAGCUCGACACUGCUCUCAACGCCCUUGACCAAUUGCAGCAGACAUCCGAGGCUCGCAUCGCCGAGCUCGUAGCUGACGUCGCCGAUCUUACUGGCAUUAUUGCACAGCAUGAGGCAACUAUCAAGGUGUUGAACGCCGAAGCCCAGACCACUGCCUUGACCCACGCUACCGCUAUUACCGAGCGUGAUGAGAUGAUUGCCGACCUGAACCACGAAAUCUUAUCCGCCAAGUCCGAAAUCCAGAGCCUCGAGGCCGAGAGAGAAUCGCUGGAGCGCCGCGUAGAAGCCGAAGCAGAGGCCAUGCUCGAAUUGCAAGCCGACCGCGACGACCAAAUCGCCGAAUUGAAGAACAACAUCCGCAACAAGCAAGCCGAGAUCGAGAACUUGGGUCGCAAGGCUCAGGAAGUCGACAGAAGCUGGGAGCGCGUUAUGGAACAACGCAACGUCGAGAUUGAAGAACUGCAAACCACUGGUUCUGACAACACUGCUACUAUUGCUCGUUUGACCAAGCUCAAUGCUGCGCUUAAGGAGAAGUUCAGAUUGUACGUCAGGGAUUCUACUGCUACUGUGCAAGCUAUGCAGGAGGACCUGGACAGCGCUGUCCUCUCUGCAUCGGCCAAGAGCGGUGAGCUCCGCGAGGUUGGCCGCCGCGUCCUCGAGGAGGUCGAGGCAAUGGAUACACUCGGCGAAAUGGUCGCUGUCGCCAGCUCAUCCAACCCCCGCGUCCAGCGCAUCAAGAAGACCAGCCACAGACGUCAAUACGACUCAGGCAUUGGCGUUGAUGAGAGCUCUAUGCUCGAGGAGUAAAAAUAAGGAACGAACGAAUGAAUUGUUGAAACGAAGCACCU